UUGAAUGUGGCGGUACGAAAGGGCUUUUGAAGACAUUAUUUGAAAGAACGUUUGCAUAAUUCAUUUGAAAAGAUGAGGACUGUACUUUUGCUAAUUAUUUUAUCAAUAGUAGUAUUGGAAAUUAGGCAAGUUUUGGGCGUAAAUUGUUCAACCUUAGAUAAUCCGGCACAUGGUCGAGUAAGACUACGAGCAAGAGGCAGAAUCGCAAAGUUCAGAUGCUAUCGUAAAUACACGUUAUUUGGAAAAAAAAUGAUCAUAUGUUCAGGCGACAAAUGGAGUUUUCCACCACCUAUUUGUAUACGAAAAGGUUGUGAUGAAAUUCAAUCUACAGGAAAUGUUACAAUCACUGAAGAAAAAAAUGGCGCUGUACUAGAAUUCAAAUGUGCUCCACCACUCAUAUUGACAGGCGAGAAAAUGAUCACGUGUGAUGGAGCUACUUGGAGUGCCCAAAUUCCUUCAUGUAAAUAUGUAGAACCAGGAAAAUACUGUGAUUUUGAAGAUGAAAAUAUUUGUGGCUGGCAACAUGAUAAACUAGCAAACUUUGAAUGGAAAUGGAAUUCUGGUACCACACCUACUCGACGCACAGGUCCGAAAUAUGACCAUACCUUGGGGAAAGGUCGAAACGGACAUUAUAUGUUUAUGGAAUCAUCAUCUCCUAUAGAAAUGAACGACAAAGCAAGAUUAUUGUCUCCGUAUUUUCCAGCUACAACCGGUGGUCUGUGUUUUGAGAUCUGGUAUCAUAUGUUGGGACCAGUAGGAUACAACCAAGUUGGAAGAUUAAAAAUAUAUAUUGGAAAAAUGGGACAAACGGAUAUACUAUCACAAAAAGCAGAGUUCGAGGUUUUUGGGAAUCAAGGGGACGAAUGGAUAAAAGGACAAUUUCCAGUCGGAGAACGAAAAACGUCUUUCAUGUUUAUAAUUGAAGGUACGAAGUUAAAAAGUUACUUGAGUGAUAUUUCUGUAGAUGAUCCCAAACUGUACAACUGUUCAGAUGAUUAUACGGACAGUACUCUUCUUUAUCGAGAAACAACUGCAGUCGAAACAACCGAGUCAGUUGUGCAAACCACAACGAUGUAUCAUAGACCUGUCGAAACCACUGAAGCUUCAUUAAGUUCAGCAACAGUUACCCGACUAGUAAAAACAUCAGAAGAAUUAGCAGCUUCCUUACAGAUUAUACGGACAUUACUCGUAGUAAUCAAGAAACAACUGCAAUCAAUACAACCGAAGCUGUUGUACAGACCCUACUCAAACUCUACUCAUGAUUGGUAUAGGAGUAGGAUUAGUAACUGCAUUAAUGAUAAUGACUAGCGCAAUUUAUGCUCAUCAUAAAAAGCGACUAAAAGAAGAUGUUUUUGUGGACAGAGGGGAACCGAUAGCUAAAAAUGACUUAAUUGAAAUGUAUAAAUAUGGUAAAGACAGCGACGUACGCUUUCCUUUUGGAAAAAUAAAAGCUUAAUCCAGGAAA